AUGCUGCGCUCACUUCUCAGGCCUGCUUCCAUACCGAUCCGUGGCAGCAGCACGCCCACCGGGACAGUAGUCUCUCGGGCAACAGCGCCGACGAUCCGCGCUCGGCAGCUCCAUCUGCCAACCAAGACCGUCACCGACGAUGACAUCGCCCAGCUUGCCGCCAGCCCGCUACAUCCUCUAACCCUCGCCGACCUCGUCAAGCAUGGAAGACCGCCGCUCACCGCCGAGCAGCUCUUCGACUCGGCCAACUUCACCCUCUCGAUCCUGCCUGCGCGACUGGCCCAUCGCAUCCAGUCGCUGCGCAACCUGCCCUACAUUGUCGUCUCGAACCCCCACGUGUCCAAGAUCCACGGCAAUUACCUGCACUCCCUCUCGACACUACUACCAUGGGCGGAGAAGCGCGUUGAGAGCCUAGAGGAUGAGAUUCGCUUCACCGAGCUCAUGGCUGACCUAGUGCACACCCACGCAAACACCAUCAGCAUCCUGGCACGCGGCUUCCUCGAAGCCCGCCGGUACAUCAGUCCGCAGGAGGUGACGCGCUUCCUCGACGAGCACCUGCGCGCGCGCAUCGGGACGCGGCUGAUCGCCGAGCAGCACAUCGCGCUGCACAUGAGCUCGCAGCCGCACAACGAGCUGGUCCAGGAGGAGGACGGGGGAGGGGGCAAAGCAAACGCAAGCGCCCGGAGCGGCGACGAAGCCGCGGCCAAGUCGAGCUUCAUCGGCGUCAUCGACACGGAGCUGCGGCCGGCCGACGUCGUGCGCCACUGCGAGAACAUGGUGUCGGAGAUCUGCGAGCUCAAGUACGGCGUGCGGCCGCGCGUCGUCAUCACGGGCGAGCCCGACUACGCCUUCGCCCACAUCCCCAUGCACCUCGAGUACAUCGUCACCGAGCUGCUCAAGAACGCCUUCCGCGCCACCGUCGAGCGCGGCGUCGAGCGCGAGCCCAUCGAAGUCACCAUCGCCCCGCUGCCCGAGACGCCCGUCCCGUCAACCCCGCCGCCGACUCCAACUCCAACCCCUCCCGCCCCCGCGGCCGCCAACCCGCAGCCGCACCGUGACGGCGAGAACGAGAACGAGACCGACACCGACACCGAAGCGGCGGGCAUCACCAACGCCGACCAGGGCAACGCGGACCGCGCGAGCAAGACGCCCGCCAUGCUGGCCAAGGAGGCGCAGUCGCCCGCCCGCCGCCGCGCCACGGGCGGCAACAUCCGCCCGCUCGAGCGCAGCACGCCCGGCGUCACCAUCCGCAUCCGCGACCGCGGCGGCGGCAUCGCGCCCGCCAACUACGGCCGCAUCUGGGAGUACAGCUUCACCACCUUCAACGAGGACGACGCGCGCGCGUCGCUGCAUGGCGGCGGAGGUGGAGGCGGUGUCGGUGGUGGACAUCCGCUCGAUGCGUUGAGCGCCAUCAGCGGGCCUGGGGGGGAUGCGGGGAAUCCGACUGGGGCCAGUCUGGCUGGUUUGGGGUACGGUUUGCCGCUGGGCAGGGCGUAUGCGGAGUAUUUUGGUGGCGGGAUCGCUGUGCAGAGUCUUUGGGGGUGGGGGACGGACGUGUAUUUGAGCUUGAGGGGGGUGGGGAAGGUGGAUUGA